AAGCGCUUUUUCGUUUUCGAGUCGGAGGUGUUGCCAAGAUGUCCGGGCGAGGGAAGCAGGGCGGGAAGGCGCGUGCCAAGGCUAAGUCGCGCUCGUCGCGGGCCGGACUGCAGUUCCCCGUGGGCCGCGUCCAUCGCCUGCUGCGCAAGGGCAACUACGCGGAGCGGGUGGGCGCCGGCGCCCCAGUGUACCUGGCAGCCGUGCUGGAGUACCUGACGGCCGAGAUCCUGGAGCUGGCGGGGAACGCGGCCCGCGACAACAAGAAGACGCGCAUCAUCCCGCGGCACCUGCAACUCGCCAUCCGCAACGACGAGGAGCUCAACAAGCUGCUGGGCAAGGUGACGAUCGCGCAGGGUGGUGUGCUGCCCAACAUCCAGGCCGUGCUGCUGCCCAAGAAGACCGACAGUCAUAAGGCUAAAGCCAAGUGAUUACCCAAGAACACCCGGGAGGAUUUUGCCUUUUUUCCCCCCCAGAGAAACCCAAAGGCUCUUUUAAGAGCCACCCACUGCAUCACUAAGGGCUAAAUUGCUGACAUUUUGCUCAAAAGGGUUUUGAAAUCAGAUAAGGGUCUUUUUAGUAAGAUUAAUAUUUUUUGCUUGUAGUUUUUUUU